UGCGACACUGGGAUGACGCCUGAAUUCAAAAUGGCCGACCAUUUAACUGAGGGAGACGUUUAAGUUAGCACGAUGCUAACUGUUUCAUUAUACAGCGCGUGAAGAAAAAAGCAGUCAAAAGUAUCAACAUUUACCUCAGAAAUUUGGUUAAAUCUGAUGUAAAAGGGAGGAAUAAAUGUGCCACACGUCCAAAAGGGGGCAGCAAAGCGUUGGUUUAAAAAAACAUGGUGACGGAAGUGACGACAGAGUCUUUGAAAAGAAGCGGCAGCAGGAACUACAGCAGUCUUGUUUAAAUGAUAAAUAAAUAAACAAGCGUUUGGUUUUAAAAGACUAUAAAAUGUAACAUGGCAUUACUGACACCUUACAGCAAAAUCCCUGAACCGAAUACAGCAACCAUUCUACUAGUUGAAAACGAGGAGAAGUUUCAGUCCAAACUAGCUGAGGCUAUAGUGCAGAGGGAACAAGACGCCAACGUCAACGUGCGGCUGGCUUGUAAACUUCCUCUCCCUGUGGAGAACAGUGAGACUCGACCCCGUGUGGAUCUGGUGGUGUUUAUAGUGAAUCUCUUGUCUGAACGCAGUCUUCAGGUGGUGGAGAAUUCCCUCAAUCACCUGAGAUCAGAUUUUUUCCUCGGGAAGGUGUGCUUCUUGGUCACUGAUGCACGGUGUAGCGCUCUGGCUCAGGAGCGUUUAAUAAGUGUGAAGAAACUUGCUGCAUCUCACCGCUGUCCUGUAAUCUGCGCUGAACACCAGGUACAACACGUCACCAGCAGCACUGCUUAUCUCUACACUACCCUUCUGAACACACUGUACAGAGGACGGUGUUAGCAUGGCAGCGUCGAGACUUCUCACUAUCCUGAAGGUGUCGGCCGGUCUGUCUCCCGUGGCGACCACGGCGUUGUACCUGUCCACUCUGACCCGCUGCACCGUGCCCUCAGAGCUCGAUGAAGACUGACCUCUCGCUCCUUUUCCUUUCUGUGAUCCCUUUCAGUUCCUGUAUCGGUGUCAUCCUAUGUCUGCAUGCUUGCUGUGUCCAGUAGUAAUUAUAGGAAAUUUGAAGGAAAAAAACAUGUUUUAUACAAAGUAAAACGUUCCACUGAGGUGUGCCAGGUUAUCAGUUUGCUAACAGAUACGCAGAUUUAUUUUUUAAGUAAGUGCACACAUUUUAUUUCACUUCUUUAUACUGCACCUUAGCAACACCAGGUAGCGCUGUAUCCCAGACAAACGUGCUGUUCUGAUGCUCAUCGUCCUCCUGUAUAAAGUUUUUUUAUACAAUGUAGAUAUAUUGCAGUAGCCGUAUGGUUUGUGUAUGACUUCUGUGUUUUUAAUACUCUCUUGUCUUUUGAUGUUACGGUGUUCGUUAAUAAACCAUGACAUUGUUCAACAUGA